CAUCAACGUCACAUCCGAGGAGAAGUCGUAGAAACAGGGAAGCUUGGAGCUCUGCCUGACUGAAUCUUUCCUCGAGGAUCAAGAGCCAUGGACGCACCCCGGGGUGCAGUUGCGGUUCUAAGCGAGGCCCUGUGCCUUGCACGCCGGAGCAGGAACCACAUGCUGACGUGCCUCCUGCUCGCCCUGAUCCCGGGCUCCCUCCAGCUGGUCGGCGGCCAUGUCUCCGCGUACUCUCUUCUCCUGGGAGUCAUCGCCAGGCUGCACGCCCUCGGCCGGGAGCAGCCCGUCACGCCGCGGUUCUACGACCUGCUCCUCCGCCUCAAGAGCGACGCGGACUUCCUCUCGCACGCCAACGUCGCCCUCGCCGCCGCCUCCCACCUCGGCUACUUCGCGUCCACGGUGGCCAUCGUCCACGCCGCCUCGGCGGCGUGCGCCGGCAGGCACCUGCCGGUGCGGGACCUGCCCCCGAAGCUGGCCGCGUCGUGGAAGGGGCCCCUGGUGACCUAUCUCUACUCCACGCUCCUCUCCGUGGGCUACACCUCGCUGUCGGUCUCCCUCAUCGCCGUCCCGGCCCUGAACAUGGCUGCCGCCGGCGGGCCGUCGUCCCGGCUCGCCGCCGUCGCCGCCGCAGCCGUCGCCGCUGCGGCGCGGUUCUUGUACAUCUACCUGGGCAUGGUGUGGGCGGUCGGGGUGGUGGUCUCGGUCGUCGAGGACGGCUGCCGCGGCCUGGAGGCGCUGCACAGGGCCGGGGAGGCGGUGAGGGCGCGGAGGGCGCAGGGGUUCCUGAUCGCGCUGGCGCUGGCCGUCGCCAACGCCUCCGUCGGCUUCGGAGGAAGCGGCCGCGGCGCCCUGGGCUGGAGGGACGCGCUCGCGUGCGCCGUGCGCAUCCUGCUGGGGAUGUUCUCCCCCAUGGUGUACACCGUGUUCUACCACGAGUGCAAGAGGAGCCACGGCGACGGUGCGCCGAAGGAGCUGUCGCAUCGCACCAAGGCUGAACAUGAUCACGGUACAAGUAGUGAGGGAGUGGUUUGAGGUUUGAGUAAGAUUCUAAGAUAAAUUUUUUAUUUUUGUGUGUUCUUUGAUCUUCACCUCCCCAUUUGCCGAAGGCUACGGGCGUGUUCAGAAUAAUUUUAGACGUGAGAUGAACUGCCAAUUAUGCUGCUCUAUGGUACUUGGAUUCGAUCGAUUAUGUUGCAAAAGGAAA